GGGGGCAGACUUACACUCUAAGUCGUUCGAUUCUUGCAUUGGCAUUGACAAAUGAUCAGGAUGUCAAAGUGGUGGUGACAUUUGAUGAAAACGAUGAUGAACCUCGUUACGUAGAUUUCACCAUGAGGACAUCAUCAACAAGAGAGACUUCAGCUCCUACCACGAAUAAACCAGUUACGGCUGGUACGACACCAACCACUGCUCCUCCAGCAACCACUGCUCCUCAAGCAACCACUGCUCCUCCAGCAACCGCUGCUCCUCCAGCAACCACUGCUCCUCAAGCAACCACUGCUCCUCCAGCAACCACUGCUCCUCAAGCAACCACUGCUCCUCCAGCAACCACUGCUCCUCAAGCAACCACUGCUCCUCAAGCAACCACAGCUCCUCAAGCAACCGCUGCUCCUCCAGCAACCACUGCUCCCCUCUCUACCACUGCUCCUCCAGCAACCACUGCUCCUCCAGCAACCACUGCUCCUCAAGCAACCACUGCUCCUCAAGCAACCACUGCUCCUCCAGCAACCACUGCUCCUCAAGCAACCACUGCUCCUCAAGCAACCACUGCUCCUCAAGCAACCACUGCUCCUCCAGCAACCACUGCUCCUCAAGCAACCACUGCUCCUCCAGCAACCACUGCUCCUCAAGCAACCACUGCUCCUCCAGCAACCACUGCUCCUCAAGCAACCACUGCUCCUCCAGCAACCACUGCUCCUCAAGCAACCACUGCUCCUCCAGCAACCACUGCUCCUCAAGCAACCACUGCUCCUCCAGCAACCACUGCUCCUCCAGCAACCACUGCUCCCCUCUCUACCACUGCUCCUCAAGCAACUGCAGCUCCUCAAGCAACCUCUGCUCCUCCAGCAACCACCAACAACUUCGAUGGACUCAUGUGCAGCAUAUCACCACAGUCUGGGACAAUCUUGGAUGCUUUCAAUAUAAUUUGCAAUACGGAAAAUCCUUGUUCCACUUGUCAUUAUUGUUUUAAGACUCAUGAGGGUAAGCAUCUGCGUUGCAGUAAGGACAAUGAAGUGAAGUCCAUCUUCCUUCCUCUUGGAGACAGCAGUUCCAACUACAACGUGAUUAUCAAAGCCACUGCAAAAAGUGGCAACUUUGAAGCUAGCACCACUAUAACCACACAGGUGUGGGAUUUCCCAGAGAACUCGAGCUCUUCAGUGGAUGAUCUUAAGAAUGCAGUGAAGAAUGCUGAAGAUCAGCUAAAGGAAGAAGGUCUGCUGUCAGGCUCAACAAUGGCACAAAUCAUAACAUCCGUUUCUCAAAAACUCAACGGUCAAUCAGAUGAAUCAACAAAAGCUGAGAGACAAAAGCUUCGCGAGCAGAUGCUGGGCACAAUAACUUCCGUGGUAGGAAAAGUUCCCGCUAACACUCCAGAGGAGGUUCAGGUGGUGGCCAGGAGCCUUACAGCCCUCACCCAGGAAGCCUCUGAGCUCAGCCCUUCAGCCCAGGAAGAGGCUUCAUUGUUUCUUGGGGACCUCAGCUCAUCUCUCCUCAACAUGGAAGUGAACAGUAGUGAGGAAAUACAACUUGCCGCCAGUGCUGUUGUACAGGGAGCAGGAAACAUCCUGGAUUAUUCUUCCAAUAAAAACGUCUCUGAUGUCCUUCUUGUUGCUCUGACCGACACGCAGAGUGCCCUGUUAAAAUUCAAAGAUGUUAACGAAGGGCCAACUAUCAUCCAAGAGGCUCAUAUAAAGAUGUCCGUUAAUAGGGUGACACCAGAAAGUUUACACAACACAUCUGUAAAUAUCCCCAACUGCUCCAGCGCUGCAUUCUCUCUCCCAAUUCUACUGGCGGAUAUAUUACCUUCAGAUGGCAUAGUGGAUAUACGCAUGAUGAGCUUAAAUAAAAACCCCUUUUCCUGGAACGAGAGAGGCAACAUAAGUGGCUUGAUAGGCUCUCUAUCCCUCACAACAAAAGAUGGUUCUGCUAUCCCUGUGGAGAACCUGAGCGAGGACAUUGAGGUCAGUGCACCAGCAGCGCAGCAUCCUCACAGAAUAGAUCUAUAAUGUGCUUUUAUGUCAAGAGCAUGUACUCUUUUCUAUACCUUCUGCAGACUGCACUUUCAACAGCAUGAUGCAAAAGGGAGCGUGUACAAGACGGAGCACUCUGUGAAAUGAGAGCUGUUUCUUAAUAAUGGACAGUGCACAUAUAGUGUCAAAAUGCAAUUCAAUUAAGCACCAUCAGCCAUUUUUCAUGAAAACAUUUCACAAGUAAAGGACAUUUUGUUAAGAAUUCCCUUUUUACAGCCUCAUUUAUGUUUCAGUAAUAUAAUUUACGUACUGUAUGUGCUCUGCCAUCUCAUCAUCAGUGUGAUUAAACAGGACAAUGAAAUGACGGAUAUAAAUAGCGAUGAGAAAGUGACACACAGAUCUCAGAACAGUUCACAUACAUCCAUUAAUAAAUAUAAGAUCUUUUACUGUUAUCGCCGCUUCAUUUAAUAAUCUGCAUGCACCAUGUUCUUUUACAUGGUCUAGCAUGAUUGGCUGUAAUUACCAACGUGACGUGAGCUCUUCCCGGAAGCGAUUCUUCCUCUACAUUACAACUCAACGUUCUCCUCGCAAUGAGCAGAUCAUUCAGGCUAGAGUA